UUUGUCGAAAGUAUUUGCUAUAAACGAGGAGUUUGUUCAUUGUCAACUGUACAAGAGGGGAAAAGGAUGCCUCGCCAGAAACAGUGGUGGUUCGAAAUGAAGAAUGGCAGAGCAUUCGUAAUGUGCUCUAACUCCAGAUUGGGAGAGGAUGCAAAACCCAUCCUUCAGAGCAACAAGAUGCCGUACGGAGCUGUGAAAAAGUUAGAAGUCUACAAGCCAUCUUCAUCGCCGGCUGACUCUGGCCAGUCGGGCAAGUCCGAGCAAAACGAAGACAUGAUCAAGAUUAUAUUCUACGAGGGGAAUCCAAAGGUCCUACCUACAAGAAAUUUCCUCUGGCAGAUUAAUGACUUUUGUCGAAAUCUGAGGCCAUCGAGGGAAUCACUAUAUCCAACCCUCGAUAUUGUUGAGAGGUUUAAUAGUAAUAUCCCAGGCCCGUCAACUGAGAUAGAUGAUGACGACAGCUCGCCAACAGGAGACGAUUCGGCCACAAUGUCAUCAAGCCUUGACGACGAGGAUCUACAUACUGUCACGCAGGACAGUAUUGGUGAUGUACAAACGGACGAUUCUGCUAUUUCAAAGAAGAGAAGGAAACUAGACAACACAAUCAACGUCCCACCUCUGCUGAAUAGAAACUACUCCACAUCAGCACAGGCAGCUGUACCCCCUUCGCUUUCCAUCCAGUACAAACAAGAAGUACAAAAUGCACAUCUUGGUCAUGUGAAGAUCUACUUGAAAAACCUCGAGCUGGGAAAGCAAAUCCGUCCCGUUGACAAAGAGUUCGUAGCUGGGCUCCAAACACAGAUGGAAAAGUUUCCUCUUGAUUCAACAUAUCAACCACUAUGUGUCGUUACCAAGACACUCCCGAGUCCUGACAUGUUUAAGGAGGAAAAUGCGAAUGGCUUCAAGUACGGGGUCAUUGGUGGGCAGCACAAUUUUCUCGCUACUAAAGCACUGCAUGACUUGUAUCCAGAGAGGGAGCUGUAUAAAAGCAGAUGGUGCUCCGUUUAUUAUGGGGCCAUAUCGAACGAAGCCCUUUUGUAUUUGGCGAAUACCCACAAUGUAAUUGGAAGGUAUCGCCAUGAAAUGACCUUCAAGGACAAGCUUCAGAUGUGCAGGUUAAUGAUGCAGGAGCAGACAACAAGCAAGGACAAUGCAUGGAAACGAAAAUGUUCGGCCAUUCUGCAUGAGGAUAUGAGUGGACAUUUCAUGCGUGUCCUGAUUCACAUGGCUGCUCAGGAAGAGACCCUCUACCAAAGCCUAAUGCGAGUGUUAAGCAAGUACGAGAAAGGAGAAUUGAAAGACCAGGCCUUGCGGAAGAAGGAGAGAGCAACAGGCGAGCUGGACAUCAAGCCUUAUGUGUUUCGCCCUUUCCUGUCCCUUCCUGCGUCUGCUCUCUCCACCCUUCUUACACAACUGGAGAAGAAGGAAAUCAACCUGGGCACACUUCAGCGAGAAGGAGUGAUCCUUCAGAAGCUGCAGCGUGUCCAGCGACAGAUGAUAUUUCUUCUAGAUGCAAGAUCCUGGGAGGAGCUGGAGACAAAAUUCCCAGAGCACACCACUCGGGAAGUCUUGUUCCAAUACACCAAAGGUCUUAAGGGGAAGGAAGUGAGCGAUAGUCUGCGCCAGUUCUGCCGGGGGCUCAGCAAGAAGGCCAAGUUGUCAACAGAAGAGGGCACCUUUUUAACGGAGGCGCCUUUCCAGGGUGUCAACAGAGUUGUUGGCUUCCAUUUGACAAUGGACGUCAGCAACAUAAAAGCCAACUCCAUUACAGAACUCUGUGGAGAUUUUCCAGGUUUCCAGUUGACAGUGCUUGACUUGCCAAAGAGCUGGGACGAGGUUUCUCAGGAUGGUUUCUGGGCAACUGUAAUUGAUAUCAAUACAAAACUGGAGUUACCCAGCUUUACAGUAGCAGUACUGUGCAAAGUAGCACAGCAAGAAAAUGUAAAGAAACACCUUAUGAGGACCGAUCAGUUCCAGGAAGUGGAAACUUGCUACUACCAUGUGGCCGACACCAAACCAGAGGUUGGUAAACUAACGGAAUCAGUGUUUGGCAUCGUUAUUGGUCACCAUGGCAAGACAGCUGUGGAUAGGUGGGCGUCAUGCCAAAAACGGUGUAACCUGAUUCUGGUGAACAGAGGGAAAACCUACAAAACAGAGGAUGGGGCGGAGAUUGACCCUGGGCAGAAAGCUAUGGCUCUGUACCAGGAACUCAUCCGAACAUACUCUGCCCAGCAACAGUGGGUCCUGAAUGCAUGCAGUCGCACAGGUACUGGCUUACUGGCAUGCAUGGCAGAGUCUAGAAACUGUGUCUCGGUUGACAGAAGGGCGGACUCAAAAGAACACCUACAAACAAGGUACAAUGCACUGGGUGUACUGUCCAAGGCGAAGAAGGCAAUUCAACAGCCACAACCCCAGCCAUCAGUGUCGGAAUCAGAGGAUGUCUGGAGUUUUGACUCUACAUUCACAGAUGACGAACUUCUGAGUUUGUCAAACUAGUUUAGAUUUGAACCCCCUGUAAUUUUUAGUACUUCAGGUAAACCACCCCGAGUAUAAUGACAGACUUCCUCUUUAUGUUCAAGUAAAGUUGUGUGGAAAGGUCAUCUGCAAUUGGUGAACUGAAAGGUGUUACUAAAAGGAAUGGAAAAUGAUUGGCCUGCCUCUUUUCAAAGCGAUUUACCUUUUUUUCCCCUAUAUACGUAUACCCCAAGGAACAUACACGUUGUGCAUGAUUUGUUUUUUAAAACUUCUGAUCACUUUAAGAAUCAAGGGUUCGGUAUCACCCAUUGUCUACGUGACCAAGACUAGAGAGAUUCCUCCAGUUCUUCGGAAAUAGUCCCAAUAUUAUGAAGUCCUCCUGUCUAUAUUCGGCAUGUUCACAUAGUACCGUUGAUGUUCGGUUAUUCCUGGCUGGGCAGAUAGGCUAACUGUUGAACAUAAAGUCCCAUGUCCUGAAGGAUGGAAUAUAACUUUCUUCGACCGACGCAGGCUUUGUGCGUAAGACAGGCUUUCAGUGGGAUACACUUGCAGUAUUGCCCAAUGGAUAUGGAAGAAGCCUCAUUAAGGUUUAUUGAGAUGCUUCCAAUGAUGAAUUUAAAAAAUACCUGGGCUCUCAACUUUUGACCCCAGACCCUUGCGUCAUAUCUAUUUAUAUCUAUGGGUGAUGCCUGACUUAAUAUUUUUUAACAAGAGUCGUCAGGGAAUCUUUGGGUAGAGAACCAGACUACAUGCUCACAUUAUCAAACUGCAAGUGAUCGAUAUUUAUUUGCUAAUUCUUUUUACAAUGUAAAAACUUGGUUAUCUUAGGUUUUACAUGAAAAUAGAAAUGAUGUAAUGAGGACCCAACACUUUAUUUUUUAUUAAACAUUUGAGUUGUGUUGAUGGUAUUAUAACAAUAUCCAAUGUUUGUUAUCCAAUAAGAGAGAUUAUCAAAUCGUCUUGAAACCUUUUCACAAACUUGAAACGUUCUGCAUUGGAAAGAAUCAAAUAACGUCACAAUACUAUUUCUUGUUUUGAGUCUAUGCUAUUACUUUACUGUAGUAUUUGUUGGCAAUUUUCACAAGUCAAAUUAUUUAAAUUUGUUUUUAAAACAUCCACUGAAAGGACAUUACGAUGAUGUCACCAAGUGAAUUAACAGGGUUUUUAAACAAUCGCUGAACUGUUUUCCCAAAGACGUUGAACGCGUUCCGGUUUGUUCUUCCGUUCCGGCUUACAUUUUGGCCAAUCUGAAUG